AUCCUUCCACACCGCGUCCUUCGCCUCUGUUUGUUUCACGCAACAACAUCCACACCAACCAUCGUGACACACCAUUACACGAUGGAGAACAUAUUCGACCGACUCGCUUCCGACGACUUCGACGAGAAAUACACCUGGCAUGCUUGGAAGGUCGGCUACAAACAAGAAGACCUCUUCCGGUGUCUGCAUCCAGAGUUCAACACGAUUCUAGUGCCAAUUCAAAGCCCAGAAGCCUUCCACUCCGAUGUGGCAGAAAUUGCCAAACUCGCGAGCUCAGGAGCAGACUUUCGCAGACUUCUCGAGGAGCGCCGGUGCAAACGCUUGGAGCAAGUCGGUCUGGUCCGUGGGGCGGUCAACACGUUGUCGGCGAGGCGCAAUUGCUUCUUGUCCGAUGAAGCAUGGGAAGCCUCCCUCGCCUUUUGCAGAAACGGCUCGCUUGACACACUGUAUUCAUUUCAUUACACAAAUCUCGAUAACAAAGCGCAAGCUCGCGCAAAGAAGCGUAUUGAUGACGCAUUGAAUCGACGCUUCAAAGCCACCGAUCCCAAAGUGACCCUUGCAGCAUCGCCUUCCGACCUGAAGCAACCAACCUUGGACGAGUACCCGUCGCCUUCCGACUUGAAGUCAACGACUUCUGAUCAGGACUCACCGCCCUGCGCCCAGCACCCACGAAGCACAGCUGAGAAUCCUGCGCAGACCGUUGAGGACCGACCGAGCAGCAAGUUCUCUCGAUACAAUCUGCGCUCCCGGUCAGCGAAUGCAACAAGGUCACGUUCUACCGCAAACCGGAUCGUGAAGCCUACGAAAGCCACGAGAGAUUCGCGUCAAAUCCAAGGGCGGUCGACACGGACGAAGAACAGAAGCAAACGAUGAGCACACAUCACUCCCAAACACUGUCAUGGUCCAGAAUUAUCGAUGCCUUAGGCAGUGUCUCUGAUUUGCUGAGACUCCAUACAUCAAGCCUCCAUGUGCCAGUCCACACCUGGUAUCUCCAUGUAGUCUACGAACGUCCACUCCUUCAAUAGCCGGAGCGAUCAUACCCACGUACGCUGGGCGCU